AUCAGUCCUUGAACAUUACGCGUAACUACGAACAGUGACACCCAAUUUCAUUUGUGUUCUUUAAAAACACUCCAGAUAUAUCAAUUUCAUAAGAUUGAGAAGGAGAAAAUAGAUACAGGACAUAAUGGACAAUUCCAUUUGCUCAGAAUAUUGGCCUCAAACCGAUGAUCUCAAUCAAGAUUCACUUUUUUCACUCCCACAGAUUCCUAAUAUUACCUCCUUCCAACUUCAAAAUUACCCUUGUUAUUUCCCUGAAUGCUCUGAAUCCUUCCAAGAGAGGACAGCAAGUGCUUCUAGGAGCCACAGUGAAGCUGAAAAAAGGCGUAGAGACAGAAUUAAUGCUCAGCUUUCUACUCUAAGAAAACUCAUUCCCACUUCUGAAAAGAUGGAUAAGGCAGCUCUACUAGGAAGUGUAAUCGAUCAUGUUAAGGAUCUGAAAGGAAGAUCAACAGAAAUCAGCAAAGUGUUGAACACUCCAACUGACAUUGAUGAGGUAACAAUUGAGCAUUUAAAUGAGGAAGAAAACAUAGGGUCCGCGAGCGCGAGCAAGAGGAAGGAUAGUGUGAUUCUUAAGGCCUCUUUUAGUUGCAAUGAUCGGCCUGAACUAUUCUCGGAGCUAAAGCGAGCAAUUAAGAACCUGAAACUAACAGUGAUGGAGGCUGAUAUAACUAGUUUGGGUGGCAGAAUUAAGGGUAUUUUUGUGCUUUGUCCCGGUGAGAAUUCUGCGAAAGAUGUUUGCAUGAAUUCUCUCAAGCAUUCUCUCAGAGUAGUCCUCUGUAGAAUUGCUAUAACCCCUUCUACAUCCAACAACAGAAUUAAAAGCAAGAGGCAGAGGUUCUUCCUGCCUGCUCAGUUUUCUUAAUUUCCUUCCUUUGUGAGUUUUAUCUUUUUUAUACCAUCAGUUACUUAAACAUAAGUGUAAGAGAUUACUCGAAGUAACUGGAACUAACCAAAGAUGCAGUCCGAUGCACUAAAGCUCCUAUAUGUGGGGCUAAGAGAGGAUCGGAUCACAAGGAUCUAUUGUAUGCAACCAAGAGACUGUUUCCAUGACUUGAAUCCGUGACCUUCUAGUCAUAUGACGACAACUUUAAUUAUCAGUAAGUGGAACUAGUUAUCUUAAAAAUUAUAAGGUGGACAACCUGCUUAACAUGUUAAGUUACACUGU